AUGGACUCGCCCUUCCUCACGAACAAACCAUUAGACGAUGAAGAUGGCACGCUCGUUCUUGCGGACCUGAGCAUAGCGGACGAGGAGUCUUUCGACAUCCCGGCCCCACCGCGAGGUCUUCCUCGCGGGGCAGCAGCCUCGACCUCAGCGUCGAGCAGCAUUGCUUCGUCCUCUUCCCGGCAGCCCCCCGUAGCACCACCAUCAGCCGCCCGACCACCAAGUAAACCCAGAUUCUCCCUCUUUGCCCCCGGCAUGGCUGAGGUGACGCCGGCGCAUACCUCAACUCUACGCCCCGCUGCUCGUCCGCCGCUCGACCCGCCAUCUGAAAGGAGCGAGCGCAGCCAGCCGAGCACGUCGCAGGCCCCAGAACGCCCAUCUGAAUCCGAGCGCCGUCCUCCGACAUUUGCCUGGGACGAAACGGUGCAGGAGGUGGAGGAGGUUGAUGAAGAGGAGCGGAGAGAAGACGCCGAGCCGGAACGGAGGGAAGACCCGCAGACGGCUGAAGCGAGGGAUGAAUCACUGCGGACGUCAUUGGCGGAGCUGAAGCGCAUCAACACUGUUUUUGACACGCUGAUGGGUGCGCUGGAGGAGGGACGGGCGCACAACACGACCUCGGCGCUGCUCGACGACUACGUCAAGCUGCUCGGACAGGCGGAGCACACGCGCCAGCUCGUCAUGAACGAGAAGUGGACAGGUGCGGAGGAUGACGCUGCAGCUCUGCAAGAGGAAGCGGACCGGGCGGCGGAGCGCGCCGCGGCGGAGGAAGCACGGAGGGCCGCCGAGGCCGAGGAAGCAGCGAGGAGGAAGAGGGAACGUCAGGCUGCGGCGGAGCGCGAGGCCGCCGCCAAGGCACGCAGCGCAGCGGCUACUAGAGGUAGACCGGGCGUGCGUCCUACGCGGGGUGGGCUGAGAGGACGAGGAAGCUCGAUUCCCGCACCGUCACGAAGCCGACCUACAAGCGCUGCUGGCACUGCUACAGGCACGACAGCUGGGAGCGGGCACGCCCGUACGACCAGCGGGUUCAGGAGACCCGCAUCCGGACUGGGAGGGCGGUACGCCAACGUCCCGAGCAGCGGGUAUGGACGCUAG